AUGAUAGAGCGUAUUUGGCUCAGCCAUUUAUUUAAAUUAAAUGAAAAUAUUUUAGUAAACAUUUUUCCACAAAGAAUGAAAAUAACUUUUGGUUCAUUUUAUCAUAAAUCUCAAAGUCAUAACAUUUCUAAAAGUCUCCUUUGGGACUUGACACGAAAAAAAAGAAAGUUGAAUAUUCUUUUGCAUUACUUAAGUCCUCUAAAAGGAAACAGUCAGUGA